AUGAGGGCAUCUAUUCUCUUAGUUCAUACUCUUGCUGUGCUUGCCCAAGCUCAACCACCCAGAGCUCAGCUCACCCUUGAACCAGAACCUCCAAGUUGCCCCGAUUACUCUGGCUAUUCCUCCACCCAUCAUGAACCAAAGUCAACAGGUCGUUACAAGCUCUCUUAUCAAAGACCACGCCCAUCAUGUCGAACCUUUACCCUCCCAGAGGUGGAAGAUACCAUCAUCUCCAUGAAACGAGUCAUCAAAGACCCAGACUUGUUCCGUCUGUUUGAGAAUUGCUUCCCCAACACCCUCGACACAGCCAUAACCUGGAAGGGACUUAGCUGGAGGAAUGCCUCCAACUAUCUCCCCACAGACAUCAACAGCCCAGACCCACCCCCCAAGCCGACAGGAAACAACGACCCAGAAGAAGAACUCACCUUCAUAACCACCGGCGACAUCCCCGCCAUGUGGCUCCGCGACUCAGCCCACCAACUAAUCUCCUAUUCCCCCCUCCUCACCCCCUCCAACUCCACCUCCUCCCUCGCCUCCCUCUACCGCGGCCUCAUCAACCUCCAAGCCCGCUACAUCCUCACAGCCCCCCACUGCAACGCCUUCCUCGCCCCCCUAGAAUCCCUCAUCCCCCCUCCCUAG